UUGCGACAUACCCCCUGUCCAAAGGGUACCUAUGGGCUCAACUGUGCAUUUGCGGCACGCAAAUGUGCAAGAACGAUGCCAAAUGCGACCGCAUUUCUCGGGAAUGCACUUCUUCUCCCGGUUGGAAUGGAUCCAAGCGAGAUUAUUUGUACUCUGAAACUACUUUCUUCCUCGGAAGUUGUGAAGAUCCAUGUCCGAUUGGCACAUACGGCCAAUUUUGCGCAUACCCUUGUGGCUGUGAGAAUGAUGGAGCCUGCCAUCGCAUUACAGGAAACUGUAGCUGCACCUCAGGGUGGAUGGGAAGAUUUUGUGAACAACAAUGUCCAAAUGACCACUGGGUCUUUGAACGCCGGAAUUAAUGUGCAUGUCCGAACGACGGGAUUUGCAAUCGAAUGA